AUGUCAAUGAAUUUACGAGACUGGGCAUCUAACUCCACAGAAUUUAGCCAGUGUAUUCCUCAAGCUGAUCAAGCAAACAGAGAAACCAUAAAAAUUCUUGGUUUGUCUUGGAAACUUUCUGAGGACUCCCUAUUCAUAAACAGUCCAAAAGAUGAAACUCAUAUUCCACCUAUCACCAAGAGGAAAGUCCUUCAAAGAAUUGCUUCUGUUUUUGAUCCACUUGGAUUCUUCACCCCAGUUACUUUGAGAACAAAGUUGUUUCUACAAACAUCAUGGAACCAAAAGAAAGAGUGGGAUGAAGAACUGACCAAAGAAGACAUUCAGCGCUGGGAAAAUAUAUCCGCAGACCUGGAUGAUAUUCCCAAUUGCCCUAUUCCUCGUUUUAUAGGACUCACUGGUACAGUGACAUACAAAUUAAUGUGCUUUUGUGAUGCAUCAACUAAAGCGUACGCCUGUGCGAUCUAUUUACACCAGAGCAAAAAAGAAAGAAGUACUGUCAACCUGUUGUUUUCAAAAACUCGGUUAGUGCCACUCAAGAAAAUAACACUGCCUAGAUUGGAACUACUGGCUGUUGUCAUUGGAGUCCGCUGCAUUAACUUUGUUGAACAACAACUGAAGUUACCUGUCACAGAAAAGAUCCUUUGGACCGAUUCCCAAUGUGUAUUACAUUGGAUAAGAAUGAAGAAACCUCUUAAAACUUUUGUGGAAAACAGAGUAAAAGAAAUCAGAAACAACAAAGAUAUCACUUUUCAAUAUGUGUCUACAAAAGAUAAUCCAGCUGAUAUUGCAAGCAGAGGAACAGCAGUUAAAACUCUUCAAGAAUUUGAACAAUGGUGGAAUGGUCCAGAAUGGUUAAUUAAAAGGAAAGACAAUUGGCCUUCAUGGAACAGUCAACAAACCUGUAAAGAAAUGCAGAGUGUCAUAGAAUCAGAAUGCAAGACUCCAAAGAUAGUUUAUGAAGCAAAACUGGUGGCUGGGGAGAGUCCUAACGGAAGAAAUAACAACUCAGAUUCUGAAUCAACUGGAUAUCCAAACAUCAUUGACUACCAAAAUUUUUCAUCAUUUAUAAACCUUACUCGAGUUUUAGCAUGGACUCUUAGGUUUAUCAAAAGAGUGAAGAAAAUUCCAAUGCCAUGGAACCAUCUAACUUACUCAGAACUACAGAAUGCUAAAAUUCUUAUAAUCAAGAAUAUCCAGACUCAAAACUAUGGUGAUGUCAAAACCUCACUCAAGGAAAAUAAGAGAAAUAAUUUAAUUAGUCAAUUAGGACUUGUAUUGGAUCAGGAAGGGAUUAUCAGAUGCAUUGGAAGACUCAAGCAUGCUCAGCUGACAGAAGGUGCAAGAUCUCCUAUCCUCCUUCCAAGAAAGAACCAUGUGACGGGACUGAUUAUUGAUUACAUCCACAAAAAAUCAUUUCAUGUUGGAGUCUCCCAAACACUGUCAUUGGUUCGUCAAGACUACUGGAUUCCGCAGGGAAGAGCAGAAGUAAAAAGAAUACUUCAUAAAUGCACAAUCUGUAAGCGGUUUGAGGGUGGUCCAUACAAGAUGCCACUGAUGCCUCCACUACCAAAGAAACGUGUGAGUGAAUCAGCACCAUUUACGUACACGGGAGUGGAUUACUUUGGACCAAUCUUCAUCAAAACAGAAACUGGCAAUAAAAAGGUAUGGGUCUGUCUAUUUACCUGCUUGGUAGUAAGGGCCAUACAUCUUGAACUCAUGCAGGACAUGUCCACAGAACAGUUUCUCCUAGGACUAAGGAGAUUUAUUGCGCGUUGGGGCAAGCCAAAACAAAUUAUCUCUGAUAAUGGUGCUCAAUUUAAACUUGCAAGCCUGGUUUUGGAUAAAAGUUGGGAAAAGGUUACGUCUGAUAAUGAUGUCCAAAGUUAUAUUGCAAAUGAAGAGAUUCAGUGGCAAUUUAUUGUGGAACUGGCACCAUGGAUGGGAGGAUUUUAUGAACGUCUGGUUGGUGUUGUCAAACGAUGCUUAAGAAAAACUAUAGGAAAACUCUGUUUAACAAAUGAGCAAAUGAGAACGAUGCUUGCAGAAGCUGAAGCAGUCGUGAAUUCGAGACCCUUAGUCUAUAUUGGAGACGAUAUUAAUUCAAACAUCACCCUUACUCCAGCGCAUUUCCUCACUUUGAAUCCAAAAAUAGGACUUCAAGAUAGUGAAAAUUUUGAUCCCAUGGACCCAGACUAUGUACCUGUUGCAAGCUCUGUAAACACUUUACUGGCAAUUUGGAAAAAAGGUCAACGACUUUUAGAUACAUUCUGGAGGACAUGGAGAGAUGAGUAUCUUUUAAGUCUAAGAGAAAGAACAUCCUAUAAAUUAAAAGGAAAACGUAUUCAAGACAACAGGCCGGUACAAAUUGGUGAUGUUGUCCUCAUCAAAGAAGAUCUCCCUAGAGGAAGCUGGAAGAUUGGAAGAAUUUGCGAUUUGACAAUGAGUAAAGAUGGACAAUACAGGUCCGGAAAGGUAAUGUUACCUAACAAAAGAACAUUAAACCGACCGUUAAAUUUACUUUAUCCCAUAGAAUGCACCGAUAAAUCUGACCUUGGUGAUAGUGAUAUGACGAAGGAAGAGCCAGCAGUCGAUGGUAUUCCUCCAUUACCUAGAGCAAAAAGACAGGCCGCUGAAAGAGCGACAAAACUGAUAAAGGAACAAUUAAAUUAA